ACCAUGAAGUUGGAUCUGUUUCUUCUCCUUUAUCUCAGUGGCGUGGUGCCAAUCACCGCCUCCAUUCUGCAAACUACGCGUGGUCUGUAUUUCAUCAACCAGGCAGUGACAUGGCCUGCUGCUCAGAAUUACUGCAGGAUGAAGUACACUGAUCUGGCUAGGGUUAUGGAUGAUAGUGUUUUGCUAAAACUAAGAGAAAUGGCGGCAAGUAGAGGUCUGACAAUGUGGCCUAUCUGGAUCGGCCUGUACAAUGACUUUGACAGUUGGCGCUGGUCCUUUAAUAACCUCCUACUGACAAACACAACUCCAAUGAGUUGGUACCCUGGACAACUUGAUAAUUACAAAGGGGCUGAAGCAUGUGGUGUAAUCUUCGGUCCUGGGUACUGGAAUGACUAUAACUGCACAACACUGAACCCAUUUAUAUGCUACAAUGCUAGUAACAGUGGUGCUGGCAGGUUCGUCGGAGUCAGUAGUCCUCAGCUGACGUGGUCUGGAGCUCAGACUUACUGCCGAACAUUUCACACUGAUCUGGCCAGCGCACUCAACCAAACAGACAACGACCUGUUAGCGCACGUGGCGUCUCUACAGGGCCCUUCCUGGUUUGGCCUGUACAGGGACACGUGGAAGUGGCUGAACAAUUCCAAAGCUUCAAACCUCCUGUGGGGUCCUGGACAGCCUGAUAACUAUAGACCUCAGGAGAACUGCGGGAUGCUGUAUGAUGGACUGUUCGGUGAUGAAUCAUGCACAAGCCAAUACUAUUUCUUCUGUGAAUUCAUUCCACUAGUGAGGUGGCAGAUAAUAAAACUGCAGGUGAAGUCUGAUGGGAAUGUGUUUGAUCCUGCUGUGCAGUCGUCCAUUUUAGAGCAAAUGAAGCAGAAACUGAAGCAACAUGGCAUGCUGGAGAACACCACAGUGACCUGGAGGGUGCAGCCAGAUGGAAACAUCUUCUACAAGAAAAACAAUAAUUAGAGUGUGAACGCUAAUCUCUGUAGAUAGUCACAUAGUAAACAGUAAAAAAAACACUACAUAAUAUUUAGUGUAGCA